CGGGAGCUGGGCCGCUCGGAGCAGGGUCAGCCAGCCAGAGCAGGGCUCAGAUGCUGACAUGCCAGGAGAGCGGAGCUGGCUCCCUCUGGCCCCUGAGCCCACCCUACCUGGGAUCCCUCCUCUCUGAACUCCCCACUCAGGUCCAGCCUUGUCUGGACUGGAAACAAGAAAGCCGGAGGAAGAGGGAGGUGGAGGCCUGGUAGCUGGGACACGGUGACGACACCCGCACACCAUGUUUGGGAAGAAGAAGAAGAGGCUGGAGAUCUCAGCCCCGUCCAACUUCGAGCACCGUGUGCACACGGGCUUCGACCAGCGGGAGCAGAAGUUCACGGGGCUGCCUCGGCAGUGGCAGGGGCUCAUCGAGGAGUCGGCCCGGCGGCCCAAGCCCCUCAUUGACCCUGCCUGCAUCACCGCCAUCCAGCAUGGGGCCCCUAAGACCAUCGUUCGGGGGAGCAAGGGCUCGAAGGAUGGGGCCCUCACGCUGCUGUUGGACGAGUUUGAGAACAUGUCCGUGACCCGCUCCAACUCCCUUCGGCGGGAUAGCCCUCCCCCGCCCCUGCUGGGUCCUCCAGCCCCACACCAUGCCACAUCUCACCAAGAGAAUGGGCUAGCUGAGGCCCAGGGGAAGGGACACCCGGAGCCUGGGGGCAGGGGUCCCGCGGAGGGCCGGAGUCGAGCAGCUGGGCGCAGGGACCACGGUGGCGGCGGCGAGGCUAAGCGGGACGGGACGGAGAAGAGGCCCAAGUCAUCGGGGGAGGGAACUCCGGGCCACCCAGGGAGCCCCCAGCCACCCCGGGACAAACGACCCCUGUCGGGGCCUGACGUCCGGACCCCACGGCCCCCAGGUCCAGGAGGUGGGGUGAAGUCAUCGGCCGGAAGGCCAUUUAACACGUACCCGCGUGCUGAUUCGGACCACCCCCCGAGGGGCACGGGGCCCCAGGGAGAGCCCCGUAAUCCUGCCCCUAAUGGUCCUUCUGCAGGAGGCCUCCCUCCACACUCCUCCAAGCCGCUGCCCCGUGCUGCCCAGGGCCCCGAGCCUGCCCCCGCCCCGGGUACCCUGAGCCCCCACGCUUCAGAACCCCAGCUGGCCUCUCGUGUGCUCCCCCCUCCUUCGGCCCAGCCAGCCAUGCCUCCGUCUGGACCCCGCUCGCCCCAGAGGGAACCCCAGAGGGUGUCCCAUGAACAGUUUCGAGCCGCACUGCAGCUUGUGGUGGACCCAGGCGACCCCCGGUCCUAUCUGGACAACUUCAUCAAGAUUGGCGAGGGUUCCACGGGCAUCGUGUGUAUCGCCACGGUCCGAAGCAGCGGCAAACUGGUCGCCGUGAAGAAGAUGGAUCUUCGGAAACAGCAGCGGCGAGAGUUGCUCUUCAAUGAGGUGGUCAUUAUGCGCGAUUACCAGCAUGAGAAUGUGGUGGAGAUGUACAACAGCUACCUGGUUGGGGACGAGCUCUGGGUGGUCAUGGAGUUCCUGGAAGGGGGAGCCCUCACGGACAUUGUCACCCACACCAGGAUGAAUGAGGAGCAGAUUGCCGCUGUGUGCCUUGCUGUCCUGAAGGCUCUGUCUGUGCUUCAUGCCCAGGGCGUGAUCCACCGGGACAUCAAAAGCGACUCAAUCCUGCUGACCCACGACGGGCGGGUGAAGCUGUCUGACUUCGGCUUCUGCGCCCAGGUGAACAAGGAGGUGCCUCGGAGGAAGUCCCUGGUGGGCACUCCCUACUGGAUGGCUCCUGAGCUCAUCUCCCGCCUGCCUUACGGGCCUGAGGUGGACAUAUGGUCCCUGGGAGUGAUGGUCAUUGAGAUGGUGGAUGGAGAGCCCCCAUAUUUCAACGAGCCGCCCUUGAAGGCCAUGAAGAUGAUCCGGGACAAUCUUCCCCCUAAGCUGAAAAACCUGCACAAGGUUUCCCCUUCCCUGAAGGGUUUCCUGGAUCGCCUGCUUGUGCGGGACCCAGCGCAGAGAGCCACAGCCAGUGAACUGUUGAAGCACCCCUUCCUGGGCAAGGCGGGCCCCCCGGCCAGCAUCGUCCCCCUCAUGCGCCAGAAUCGCAUGAGAUGAGACUGGACUGCCCCCAGCCCUUCUCCUAACCAAAGAAGCGCCUCAGAGGGAGGUGCCCCUGGCCUGGGAGACGGACUCCUCCACACGGGCAGCAGGGGAGAGGAAGACGGAGCGACCCCGCGCCCGGCUUCCCCUCUCACAUUUGCUAGAUGCCUCCUGGCAGGGGCACCCUAACUGGACAGCUCCUUCAGACCCUGCUGGGGAACUCAACUACUGAGUUUCAGUUUUGAUUUUUGAUGUUUUUAAAUAAUGACUUGGAAGCAAGGGCGUCACGGGUCUCCUUUCGGGGUGGAGACCCCAUCCCCACCUCUGCCUCGAUUCAGGGGCCGUUUGGCUUGACACUGGAAAUCUGCAGCCAGGAGACCAUCCCCCCGGCCCAGGCGGAGGGGUGCUGAGGCUCCUGGGAGCCAACCCCGCGGGAAACGGCUGUUUGGGGUGGACGGAAGAGCCACGCGGCCCUCCGCUCGUGGCUAGUCUCUGUCAGAGCGUAUGUUUCUUGGGUCACCGUGAUGUGUGUCUGUCAUGUUUGCAAUGGAUGCUUGGACUUUGCCUGCCUCUGGGGCUUUUGUGUGUGCAUGUCUGGCUGGCUGGUGUGAAUGUAUGUUGACAUACUAAGUGUGUGGAAACCUGUUUCCUUUUCCCACCUCCAAGCCAGUUGGGAGGCCGACGGGGAAUGCCUGAAUUCGACUGCAUCUGCCUGCCUCUCCUUCUGCUGAUGUCUGAUGACAGGCAGGUUCGGGGAGCCUUUCUCCUCUGGCCUUUGUUGAGAAUACUACUGUGCUCCUAUGGGACCCUCUUUUUUUUAAAAAAAAAAAAAGCUAUUUAUAUUGUCAUUUCAUAACAAACUCUUGGCCCUGGGCCCCAUAAAGGGGUCCUCCAGGAGCCAGGGCCCUGGAUUUGGGAAGCCAUGCUGCAGGCCUGGACCCCCAGUUAGUUUUACAAUUAAAAUGUUUUCCUGCAUU